CCAAUCAAAGUUAUUACUUAUUAGUUAUCUUUGAAACAUACAUUUCAAAUAUUUCCGCUUUCUGAAAAACUUCAAACAAACUGAAUAUUAUUUCAACAAAUAUUACAGAUUAUUUGUAGUCCAGGUACUAGAUGAGUACUUUACAAAUAGAUAAUAUUAUAAAUCUUUAAUAACACAAUCUAAUAACAAUUAAAUAAAAAUAACCUCCAAAGUAUCGGUUUUCGGUAUUUAUUUUGCCAAGUUAUUGCUGCUUGUACACCGCCUAGCAACGACUUUAAGAUGGAACCAAGUAAUAGACUUAUUCCUCCUCAUCUAAAUGCCGAGACAUAUAGAAUGGAGACCUCUGGAACAUACACACAUGCUUACUUGGAUUUUGUCCGUGUUCAUAAAGAUGGACAUAUAUUAGUAGGUUGUUCAGAACUGACUGGUCGAUAUUGGAAUGGAGGUGCUUGUAUUUUACCAAAUGAUCAGGAAAGUGAUUUUCAAAAGACAAAUUUCAAGCGUGACAUAAACUUGGCAAGUACAACUGCUGAUGGUUGCUUCUCAGGAAGCUCAGACAAGGUUAUAUUAUGUGAAGAUACAGGUGCAAUAAGUAUUUGGUCAAAGAGUGAAGAUGCAUGGUCAACUUGGAAAGAAGAUUUAUCAGUAGCAGAACAUGAUGGCCCAGCACUUGUUAUAGAAUGUCUUGAUUCCGAUAGGCUGUAUGUGUCAGCUGGUGGGGAUGGUAAUGUGAAGGUAUGGGACAUUCGGGACAAUAUGAUAUGUUUACGUAACUACAAUUCAGCACAUAGCAUGCAAGUUAAUACUAUUGGAGUGAAGCCAAUGUCACAAAAACAUUUUGUAACUGGUUCCCUAGACGGCUUUAUUUCGGUGUGGGAUGAACACACAAACAAGCCUGUUUAUGAUGUUAUUGAAAACAACUGUGGGGUUCGAUGUCUCCUGUGGAUCGAAGAAAAUAAAUUAUUAUUUGGAGAUGAAUCUGGUCAACUCUCUCUAAUUGAUCUAAGGGAUUCUAAAAAUGCAAUAAAGUUACAUGAAUUUCCUGCACCUGUUCAUAGAAUUGCUUUUAAUCCGAGAUCAAGUAACAUUGCAGUUUGCUGUGAUAACCAAAUACUUUCAGUGUUUCAUAUUGAUGGUGAAAAACUCAAUCUUGUGUAUGAGCGUAAAGCGCAUCAAGAUUGUAUAAGGGGUCUGGCUUGGGAUGAAUCUGAGCCCAAUGUAUUACACACUGUAGGGUGGGAUGGUGAACUUAAAAAACAUAUUAUUAAUGAAUAAAAUUCCCAUUUAAUUUUUUAAAAUAAAUACACGUUUGUUGACCUGAUUUUAUAUGCCGAGCCAAAAUUUGUCUUUCGUUUAACUGAAUAAAAGAAAAUUUCAAUGUUUUUCUGUGAUUGAAUUCAUAAUAACACUUGAUUCAAUUGCAAACAUAGAUGUAUAUCAGAAUUUUCUUAGUAAAAAGUUUUCUACAUGUUAUUCAAUAAAAUUGUGUUCUUUGCAUUAGUUUUAAGAAAAAUAUUUUCCCACCAAA